ACAGCGGCGCCGAGGCUCCCGGCUCGCAGCCGCCCCGCCAUGGCUCUCAGCUCCGAGCGGCUCUUCGACUCGCUGGGACACUUCCGCAGAUUUCAAGCAUGUGUUUAUUUUGCAUCUGUCUUUCAAGCUAUGUCAUGUGGUAUCCAUUACUUAGCAUCUGUGUUCAUGGCUGUUACUCCUAACUUUGUAUGUGGGUUCCCUGGAAAUGUGAGUAGUGUUCUUUUCCACAACUCCUCUGCAUCAAGUAUAGAGGACAUCUGGACACUGUGGACAUCAACAGAAAACUACAUUGUAGUCCAGCUGGAAAAUGGAGAAAUUUGGGAACUUGAUCAAUGCAGCAGGUCCAAACGAGAAGUCACUUUGGAUCUGGCGUACGAAUACAAAGGCAACAAGUCUGUAUUUCCUUGUUCCGAUGGAUUUCUCUAUGAUGAUACAAAGUGGAAGAGCACUGUUGUUACAGAGUGGGAUCUGGUCUGUGACCGAGAAUGGCUUGCAAAAUUAAUCCAGCCUACGUUCAUGCUUGGAGUCCUGAUUGGAGCAGUGAUUUUUGGUGACAUUGCUGACAGACUGGGAAGACAGCGUGUUAUAUGGUUCACAAGUGCUGGUCAGUUUGUGUUUGGCAUCGCGGUGGCCUUCACCUUUGACUAUUACAGUUUUGUGAUUGUGCGCUUUCUCCUCGCCAUGGUUUCAAGUGGCUAUCUGGUUGUGGCUUUUGUUUAUGUGACUGAAUUUGUUGGCAUUAAAGCACGAACCUGGGCUUCUAUGCAUGUCCAUGCUUUUUUUGCUAUGGGAAUUAUGAUUGUGGCACUCGUGGGAUUUUUGGUUCGGACCUGGUGGGUCUAUCAGAUAUUUCUAUCCAUAGCAACUCUUCCCUUUGUCUUGUGCUGCUGGAUGCUCCCAGAAACACCUUUUUGGCUGCUGUCAGAGGAAAGAUAUGAAGAUGCACAGAAAGUGAUUGAUACAAUGGCAAGAUGGAAUAAAGUCAGCACUCCCUGCAAAGUUUCUGAACUGUGCUCAGUCCAACAAGACGAUGUGGCCAGUGGCAGAACGGGUGAUGAUGAUACAUCCUCAGCAAAGAAGCACAACAUCUUAGACCUGUUUUGUAACUGGCAAAUUGCAAGAAGGACCAUCACAGUCUGGCUGAUCUGGUUCACUGGGAGCUUGGGGUACUACGUCUUCUCCCUCAGUUCUGUCAGCCUAGGAGGCAAUGAAUAUUUAAAUCUCUUUCUCAUAGGUGCUGUGGAGUUGCCUUGCUAUAUCAUUGCUUGCAUUGCGAUGGACAAACUGGGAAGGAGAAACACACUCAUUCCGUUCCUUAUUUUAAGUGCACUGAUCUGUGUUUUAAUUAUGUUCAUACCUCAGGAUUUCAAUAUAUUAAUUAUCUUAGCAAAUAUGGCUGGAAAAUUUUCCAUAGGUGUGGCAUUUGGCCUUAUAUAUCUCUACACAGCAGAACUGUACCCAACAAUAGUAAGAUCACUUGCUGUUGGAAGUGGAAGCAUGAUGUGCCGUGUAGGAAGCGUGGUUGCUCCUUUCUGUGUUUAUCUGAGAAGUGUCUGGAUUUUCAUGCCACUUUUGCUUGUUGGAAUCAUGGCUCUUCUGAGUGGAAUCUUAACCAUAAUGCUUCCAGAAACACUGGGAAAACCAUUGACUAAUACUUUGGUGGAAGCUACAGAAAUGGGAAGAAACAAGAAAAGCUGUUCAGAAAAGAUUCCUCCAGCACAUAGUGGUGCAGCAUCAGAAAAGAUAGAGAUGUUUGGUCAAGAAAGAGUCAGCACUGACAAAUAAAGCAGCAGCAAAAUGGCUGUUCCCAAUUUUAAUCACUAUCUAAUUUAUAUGAUCUCUGUAUUCAAGAAAUGUGACUGUUCUAUAACAUCUGUGCCUUUUACUUUGUAUUCUGUCUUCCCUUUUCAAUAGAGGAAUUGUAUGAAACCUUUUCAAAGUGACUGAGUUACUGCAGAAAAUUGAUAGGAUUUCUAGAUCCCUAAUCAAACUUACUCAGACUUUAAACUGACUUGCUGUGACCAGUUGGAAUGAUUACUGUAAAUGUUGGAACCUACCUGAUUACAUGUAUGUAAAAAAAAAAUGCCAAUUCUUUGCUUCACAUUUUCUGCAGUUAGAUUUGUAAACCUACAACAAAGUUGUAGGUUUACAAAUCUGCCCUGCCUGGUCUCUUCCUGUUGCAGCUGCCAGUUACAGGCUUGAGACUUCAGAACACAAUAAAGUGUUAAAAUUCAAGAGAGAAGCCUUAUCAUUGCAUCAGGUCAUAUCAAUAAUUUUAAACUAAUUUAUUCUUUUUCUUUCAAGUUUUCUACUAGAAAUGGUGCCAUUGCUAACAAAAGGAAAGUAUUCUAUGGCACAGCAUCUGACUGAAAAAGUAAUACUAAGUUUGCAAAAUGUGCAAAUAGUUUGUAUAUUCAUUCAGUUGAAUGGCAAAUGUAUUUUUAUUAGGGGUUUAGGAAAAAAGUGUUCACUGGAUCUAUUACGGUUUUAGUUUAGGUAAAACUAAACUGUCUGAUCCCAUUUAAAGUCACAUUCAUUCCAGACCAUUAUUUCAGUGCACCCUUUCUCACUUAUUUCAGCUUACAUCGAGCAUCAGAUUUUUCAUAACUUCUAAGAGCUAGACCAGCAACUUUGCCAAAUGCCUCCAGCAAGGUCUUCAUAGUCCUCAGGGGAAAAGAAUAAAUGGCAUAUGGCUCUUAUUCAGGCUCUCUGCACAGAAGUGGAUUUAGUUAUUAAUUUUUGGUAGAAACGGUUUCCACUCACCAUUUUUCUCACAGAUCAGCUGUCUGUAACUGAUUUUUUCCUUAUUAUAUCACACAAAACCAGUUAGAAAAAUAGAAUCCAAAAGAUGGUAGCUAGAGGAUACUGAUCAAUAGAAGAGUUACUAGUAACAGUUUUAGUCAAAGUGUCAAAACACGCCACUGCUGCUAUGCCUCAUGUGUGCAUCAACACAUUGUUGGUGCAGUGGUGCUCUCUUAUGACUCUGGACCAUAGAAAACUGAUAGAUAGGAAUGCAUCAUUCUGGCUGCUUCUUUUAUGGCUUUCUCCCACCUCCCCUUCUUCAGUCUAUCUCUAGAGCUGGGGGUUUCUUCCUUGUCUGAGGAUCUGCAUCUCCUUUGCUUGACCACCCUUGGUCUGAGGUGAGCAGCACAGGAACAUCUGCGUGCUGAGGUUCAGACAGCCCUCUCUUGCCUGGGCUGUGUGAAUUCAGUCCUCCCUGGUUUGAAAUCAGUGUUUUCCCCUCUUAGGCCCCUAGUCUCAUGGCACAGUCUCAUCAAAACAGGUCUUCCUUGAUCUUUGCCAUGUACCCACCCUAAAAGAUAUCUCUAAUACAGUAUUCUAUAUGCUGUAGAAAUUAAUGACCACAUUUUUCAAUUAUAUCUGCACAGUUUUAUUACUUUAAAUGACUUCUGAAACCAGAGUAAUGGUUUAUAUCCCCUUAUAAAAGAUUUUAUUCUUCACUGCACUGUCCUAGAAUUUGGUCCUGGUAUUAGGAGAAAAUAAUACCUAUAUGAGGAUCAACAUGCUUUAAAGCAAAUAAAAAUCAGUAAAUUUAAGUUUAGGGAGUUUCUCUGAGAUAAUUACAUAGAAAGCAGAAAGGAGUCUUCAUGCUUCUUACAAUUCUGUGGGUGUUCCAGUGUUUGCAGGGAAAACCUCCAGAAAGACCUGCACAGAAUACUGUGGCUUCUGUCCAGAUAUGAGUUCAGCAAAAGCACUUAACCUUCCCCCUGUGAGUAAUCCCAUCAUUAUUCUGAGAAUGACUUGAAUACAUACUUUGAUGACUGAAGAUCAGAUUACUCACAUGCUGUGGUUUUUUUAUUUCGCUGAAGAGCAGACCCAGUAUUCUUCCACUGCUUUCAGGUCCCCCCCCUUCCAGAGGGGGACCUGUACUUCCCAGAGCACAGCACAGCAGCUCUCUUUAUCUGCAAGAUCUACUGCCAAACUCUUUCUGCCCUGCCUUAAAUAAGGGUUUAAUCAUGCUAAAAAACCACCAUCAUGCAAUACACCUAACAAGGAAUUAAACUGGUACUGUCUUGCCUCACAACCACUCUCCCCACACACAGAGCUCCAAAUUCUUUCCUUAUUUGGGGGAUCUUUCACACUGAUACUCCCUCAUUUAAUAUCUCAAACCUCUAUCUUAACACUCACUGCUUAUAACCUUUAGUAACAGUACAGUCUAUUUCUAACAAGGUAUUAAAGAAUAUUUACAAUUAAAUUUUCUUCUUCCUUAUCUGCUGAGAAACUGAUUUUGGUCUUACCCCACCAAGAACACCCAAAGCAUAUUCUGUGUUCCUUUGGCUUGAGGGAUUCAGGAUCUGGUCAUGUGUAAUCAGUACAUACAAGGUAGAGAAAAGCACAAGAAGAAAGUUAACUACACAAUGAUACUGAUACUGCUUACAACUAAAAUUGAAUUGAGUCUAGACCACAAUGUAGCUUGAUGGUUUAACCCCAAAAGCCAUUUCCUCCUGUCACUGAAGUCAGCUGGUAUUUGGUCUUUAAUUCAAAUGACCCCUGAAUUUCCCUAAACUAAUGAUGUUACUGUUUUUCCUUGGAAAUAAAAUGUUUGUUGAUUUACAGGUA